GCAUUUUGCCUGGGUCAUAUGGGUUUGUUUUGAUGUUGUUAGCUUGCAUGCUAACAGCAACUUCUUACCUCUCCUAUCAAACAAAUAAUAGUGAUAAUAAAACCUGGGAUAUUUUAGAUAAAUUAGAUAAAACACGUCAGAGAGAAGCCACUGCAACUUGCUUUGUGUUAGAUUUAUUUAAUAUGGGGCAUAUUAUAUCCAACUGAAGUUUCCCAAUUUCAUUGAGAGACUGCUGCAGUUGUGCAUCUGUAGUCCCAUUUAAGAGCAGCAUAUUAUUCUAUUCAAGUCAGUUUAGUAAAACGUUAUUCAUUCCAACUGUGCCAGAGAAUGCUUUAAAUUACAAUAACACAAAACACAGUAAUAAUAAUUAACAUUCACAACUAGUAACAACCAGAGCCACCAAUGGGUCACUAACUGAGUAUUAAAUAUCAGGCAGAAUAUUCAAAAUGUACAAGAUGUAAAGUGGUUAAGGAGCAAAAAGCAGUGCCUAACAGAGUAACAAUAGAUAAAAAUGAACUUAAAUGGUGAAAAAAUGCAGACUGUGCCUGAUAAUGAAUGUUAUAUUGAAUUUGAUAUGACAAUGAGAAGUAGUAUUGAACAUAAUUUUGAGAAAAUUAUAUUGCGCCACACUGACAAGUGAUAAUGAUAUUGACAAGUAAUACUGCACAAGAUAUUAAAAAGUAUCAUUGUACAUCAUAUACAGUAAUAGUGCCCCUAAUGUAUGUGAAUAUUGUUGUUAGUGUCCUUUGUCUCAGCUCUCCUCCCUACAGGAGUUAAGAGUUACACAGUUUGAUGUCCACAGGUAGAAAAGAUCCUCUGUGGCGUUGUGUGGUGCUCCUCUGUGGUCUCAGUCUGUGGCUAAAUGUGCACUGAUAUGACUCCAGGGUGGCAUACAGGGGGUGAGAGGAGUUGUCCAGGAUACUGAGUUGUUUUCACAGUAUCCUCCUCUCUGACAGCUCCACUAGAGACACCACUUCCACUCCCCGGACAGAACCAGCUCUCCUGAUGAGAGGGUCCGCUGCCUCUGUCCUCGCUGAGGCUCCUGGUUCCACCUCUGCGGAUGAUGUCGGCUGUGAUGUGGAAGGUGGUUCGUCUGAGGAACAUCGUGCAUUAUGGGAAAGUGGAGGAGUUUGUGUCUUUGAUAACUGAAGCCGUCCCUGACAUUUUGACAGACAGACAGAUGAGACUGCUCACUCUGGGCUUAAGAGCAAAGAUGAUGUUACAGAUGUUAAGCUCUGAACAGUCAGAGGAUCUCAGAGAUGUUAAAACAUGCUUGAACAGCCUCCUGCCAUCCAGCUCCAAACAGGCUCAUGCAGGAAAUGAAGCUCUUGAGGCCAACUUUGUCAGACUUGUUCAAAGACUCCUGGAGGACCCGAAAGGGAGAGAGCACUUCCUGAAGAAUGUGUUUCCUGUGGAGUAUGGGUCUGACUUUGAUACAGCUCUGGAGACACUGGUUUGUGAGUUCUUCACCAGACUAGAAGAGUUGCUGCUUAUACCAGACUUUAAGCAGACUGCAGUGUGGAUCAGCGAUACACCCUCUGUGCUGGAAGAGUACAUGCAGUGUGUAUCCAAAGCAGACGACCUCCAAGUGCUGCUCAGAAGCAAAGCCCACAGUGAUAAAAUGGCCAAGAUGGAUACCAGCAUGCCCUCUCCCUCAGAGCAGCGACUCUUCUCAUCGUUAUCUCUCCUUCCUUCACUGCCAGAGACCAAACAUGCGGAAUCUAACAUGCAGAUAUCUCACAACAAAAGAGACUCUGAGGAGGUUUCUCUACAGGACGCAGAAGCAGCGAACAAUGCAGAACAGGAAGCCGGAGAGAAAUGCAGUGACAGAGCUUCAGACACCUGCCAAGCUCCCUCUACGUCUGCUGAGAGUCCUGUAAUGUCCAGCUCUAUGAUUGUUCCUCCACGGGAGAGAGUUGCACACAAAUGCACUCAGUGUGGAAAGUGCUUCAUUUACCGCUAUCAACUCCUGAAACAUCAGAGACGGCACACGGGAGAAAACCCUUACAAGUGCUCUCAGUGUGGAAAAGCCUUUAGGAGGACCUCUGACCUGUCUACUCACAGGAGGACCCAGUGCACAAAAGCAGCUUAUAUCUGCAUCAACUGUGGAGAUAGCUUUGAAUCAAUACAGGACAAAUUUAGACACCAGUGUGUUCAUAGCAUCCAAAAGUUUGACUGUUCUCAGUGCGGAAAAAGCUUUAAGAAAAAGUGCUUGCUGAGUAAGCAUGAGCUGACUCACACUAAGAGCCGUGUCUUCACGUGCAGACAGUGUGGGGAGGUAUACCCCACAAUGAGUGAGCUGAGAACCCACCAGAAGAUUCAUCCUCCCGAGCUGUCCAAUCAGUGCAUGCAGUGUGGGAAAGUCUUCAGCUCUGUUGCCUGUUUGACAGCCCACGAGCUGCGCCACAAGCGACAGAGAACACAGAUUUGUGUGCGUUGUGGCAAAGCCUUCAAAGACAAACACGGCCUGAAUCUUCACAUGCGCAGUCACACAGGCGAGAGGCCGUUUCAGUGCAUGUUCUGCGUGAAACGUUUCUCUGCAUUAGGAAACCUGAACAUACACAUAAGGACGCACACUGGAGAGAAACCGUAUCUGUGCUCCGACUGCGGCAAGGCUUUUGUUUCAGCCGGCGAGCUGCAGAUACACAGACGAACCCACACUGGGGAAAAGCCAUACAAGUGUACUGUAUGUGGGCGGGGAUUCACCAUGGCGAGCACACUGACAAUUCAUAUGCGCAUUCACACUGGAGAGCGCCCUUACAUCUGUUCUGAAUGUGGGAAAGGUUUUUCACGUGGUGGAGAAUUAAAGAAACAUGCCAUGAAGCACACAGGUUUGAGACCCUACGCUUGUCAGCUGUGUGCAAAGACUUACACAUGCCUCAAUCACCUGAAGAGACACUUGAAAACUCACAGUGUAGUGCAAAACAAGACUGUCUAAUUCAUGUGAUUACUUUACGCCAUUGUAUUAAUGUUGUAGUCAUACAAUGAGCCUGUCCUGUUUGCGGUGUUGACUGUAAACUGUGUAAAAGGUUUCACACUCACCCUCUUGUAAGGACUAUGUUGCAAAAGCUCUUGUUUGUACCUUAUCCUGUGUUGUCAGAUCUGUCCUCAUUGUACCCUCUACAAUGACAUCUAAGUGUAUUACUUUUGUUUUCUGAAGCCUUAAAACACAUGUUAAGAGUCUCUAUGAAAACAUACAACAAACAAUACAUUCCUUGAAACUG